UGACCUCCUGAUCAUAUGACCUACCGGAUAAACAGAGCAUAAAAUGUGCACCAGUCAGUGAGAGACAGAGUUGGCUUUUAGUGGCUUGCUUGGUCGCUCGGCUCCCGUUGCGUUUAAUUUUAUCUGUUCGGAGUGAAGAAGAAGAAACUUGGAGGAGCUGAAUCCAACAUGGAAACCGGAAGUGGGACUUCUGCUGGGUUCUUACUGCUCAGCGCGCUGCUCUCCGGACGUCUUUGUGCCUACAGCCCGGCUCAGCUUGACCCUCUGGUGUUUGAGGAGCAGCUGCUGUGGGUGAGCGGCGCCCAGGGUCAAGUGAACACCUACAGAAUCCCGCUCAUCACUUUCACUCCCCAAGGAAGCCUGCUGGCCAUCGCCGAGGGCAGGAAGUCGUCGUCCGGUGACAUAGGAGCAAAGUUUAUCGCAGUGAGGCGAUCCACUGACAAAGGAAACACCUGGUCUCCUACCGCCUUCAUAGUGGACGAUGGCAGCUUUACGGAUGGCUUGAACCUGGGCUCCGUGGUUGUGGACGAAGAGGCCGGUUCGGUGAUUCUGAUCUACAGCAUCUGCUUCCACCUGUACCACUGCAAGCCGGCUAGCACCAUGAUGGUGGAGAGCUGGGACGACGGCCUGAGCUGGAGCCGACCCAAAAACCUCUCGGUCCAGCUGGGAGUGAAGGCUUUCGCUCCUGGGCCGGGAUUCGGCAUCCAGAAGCGCCUUGAUCCUGCAAAGGGGCGGUUGGUGGUGUGCGGCCAUGGGACGAUUGAGGGGGACGGAGUGUUUUGCAUCCUGAGCGACGAUCAUGGAGAAACGUGGCGCAACGGAGCAGCCCUCAAGAGCAUCCCUUACAACCAACCGAAGAAAUCUCAGGACUUCAACCCUGAUGAGUGCCAGCCGGUUGAGUUGAUGGACGGCAGCAUCAUGAUCAACGUCCGGAACCAGAACAACUACCACUGCCACUGCCGCAUCGUGGUGCGCAGUUUGGACGGAGGCCUGACUCUCCCCGUAGAAGAGCUGUUCUUCGACACCGCGUUGAUUGAUCCCGCAGUCGCGGCUGGAGCUCUGCAGAAAGACGGAGUGCUCUACUUCACCAACCCGUCCAGCGACCAAAAGAGAGUAAACCUGACGCUACGAUGGUCGCUAACGAACGGAAAAACCUGGGAGAACAAAGCAGUCCAGAUCUGGCCGGGGCCGAGCGGCUACUCCUGCCUUACAUCUCUGAACGGUGACUCUGUAGAAGACCAGAAAUACAUCUUCGUCAUCUAUGAGAAGGGCCACAAGGACAUCAUUGAGACCAUCUCGUUUGUGAAGAUCCACCUGUACGGCGGGCGGUAGGACAGGUUGGAGAUCUAAACCUUAAAGGGAAAAAGGAUGCAAGAAGAUAGUACAACAACUUUCUCAGGAAGAGAAUAAGAGACUUUUUAAACACACUU